AGGAUGAUCGACAUAUUGCACUAAAUCAAAUUAAGGAGAAUCAGCAAAAGCAGAAGGAUCAAUAUGACAUAAGUGCAAUAGCUGAACAAUUUAAAAUUGGAGAUAAAGUAUUAGUAGAAUGCAUAUGGUUAAAAAAUAAUUUCUCAGCUAAAUUGGAAGAAUAUUAG